GUGGAGUGUCACUUCCUGUAAGUGCAGAGAGAGGCAGUGCUGAGUUAAAGACACACAAACACAGACACAUUACAGCAAAAUAGCGAGAGGGAAGAGAGAGGCAGAUGAUCUGAUCUUUAGCCGCUUGUCUGAUUUUCAAACAUUGAUCAUGAAUAUAUCGAGAGGAUCCGACUGAAUCUGUCGCUUGUGUGUGAAAAGGAGUCAAAGCGAAACCUUUUUUCCCGUGGCGCACGGAUUUCUCGCCCUAUUAAUCAGUCCAAUACACUUCAAAUCAUCAUUACAGAAGAUAUUUGAGAUAAUAUUAUCAUUUACUGUGUACUUGAGAAGAGAGACGCUUUUGAACAUGGGAUGUUUGGGCAACAGCAAGACAGAGGAUCAGCGCAUCGACGAGAAGGCGCAACGAGAGGCGAAUAAAAAGAUCGAGAAACAGUUACAGAAAGAGAGACAGGCGUAUAAAGCCACACACCGCCUGCUCUUAUUAGGCGCUGGGGAAUCCGGGAAGAGCACUAUAGUUAAACAGAUGCGGAUCCUGCACGUCAACGGCUUUAACGCAGAAGAAAAGAAGCAAAAAAUAUUGGAUAUCCGGAAAAAUGUGAAGGACGCCAUUGUGACGAUAGUAUCUGCUAUGAGCACCUUAACGCCCCCUGUGUCAAUUGCCAACCCGUCCAAUCAGCCUAGAGCCGAGUACAUCAAAACUAUAGCUCCACUCUCAGAUUUUGACUACACAGAGGAGUUUUUUGAGCAUGCAAAGCAUCUGUGGGAUGAUGAGGGGGUGAAGGCCUGUUUCGAGCGCUCAAACGAGUAUCAGCUCAUCGACUGUGCACAGUACUUUUUGGACCGAAUUGAGUCUGUACGACAAAGUGACUACACACCAACAGACCAGGAUUUGCUGAGGUGCCGUGUUCUGACUUCAGGGAUUUUUGAAACUCGAUUUCAAGUAGACAAAGUCAACUUUCAUAUGUUUGAUGUGGGCGGUCAGAGAGAUGAAAGGAGGAAAUGGAUUCAGUGCUUUAACGAUGUGACCGCCAUCAUCUUUGUGGCAGCCAGUAGCAGUUAUAACAUGGUCAUAAGGGAGGACAACAGCACUAACCGGCUGCGCGAGUCCCUUGAUCUGUUCCGCAGCAUCUGGACUAACAGGUUUUUAAGGACCAUCUCAGUGAUCUUAUUCCUGAACAAACAGGACAUGCUGGCAGAAAAGAUACUGGCAGGAAAAUCCAAACUUGAAGAUUAUUUCCCAGAGUAUGCUCGCUACACUCUUCCUCCUGAAGCAACCCCUGAUCCCGGAGAAGACCCGAAAGUGUCCAAGGCAAAGUUUUUUAUUCGAGAUGAAUUCUUGGUAUAUUUUUUUUUUUACUCUAUUUUCUUUAUUUUAUCUACAAUAUUAAAGAAAAUCAGCACAGCGAGCGGCACAGACAAACACUACUGCUAUCCUCACUUCACCUGUGCCGUGGACACAGAAAACAUCCGUCGUGUAUUCAAUGACUGUCGUGACAUUAUUCAGAGGAUGCACCUCCGCCAAUAUGAACUCUUGUGAUUGGCUGCCUGGAUCUGGCUGCUUCUCCAAUCAACACUUUUCCAGUCCCACAUCACAUGGGGUCUUUAAGAACUACUGAAGAGUGACAAUGUUGUCAUGUUUUUUUUUUUCCUUUUUCUGCCUUUCACAUGUUUGUUUUCCUUUUUAAUUUAUUUAUAGUCUCGUGUGUGUGUGUGUGUGUGUGUGUGUGUGUAUAUAUAUAUAUAUAUAUACACAUUUGUCAGCAUUUGAAGUGGAUCAAAAAAGUUCACUAAAAUUGUCCUAAGACAAGAAUGCAUUUUGGUUGUAAGUUUUAGGACAACUUUGAUGAAAGGUUUUGAUCCACUUCAAAUAUUGACUAGUGUGUAAGUAUAUAAUAUAUAUAAUGAUAAGAGUUCAUUUGCAAAAACCAAUAACUCCAUUUUUAUUUAUUUUUUCAGAAAUCAUGUUUUUUUUUUUUAUUGCUCAUUCCAAGUAAUAUCAAACUGCAGUUGGGUUGUUUUGAUUAAGUAAUAAUAACUUAAACAAAUACAGGUAAUUCAUAAAAUUAAAGUUCAUUGAAAGUAUGUUUUUUUUUACAUAUUAAAAGUUUGUUUUAUAGCAAAAGCAGAUAACUCCAACAGACGUUUUUUGGCAAAAGCAUUAACCACCUUUCCACAUUAACCACAAAAUUAACCACAUUUCAUGUUUUAGAGUUUAAAAAAACACGUUUAAUCUUUGUAAUCUCCUCAGAUGACAAUGAGGAUGCCUGACAAACGCUGUUGUUGUGAUCAUAGACUGUAUGGAUGCAAUACACGGAGCUUUUCCCUCACCAUUGUAACGCGCUGCUUUUGCAGGGGUUCCGUGAAAGCGUUUCAGCGUUUAUUUUCCUUCACGCCCUGAAGAAGAUAUCACAGGUUCAUCAAGUUUGUCGAAAUUAUUUUAGUCAGCUUUGACGAAACUCCUCUCAACUAGCAUAUUCAAAGUGAAAGUAGCCUUGUCACCUGACCUGAACACAGUGCUCUGAUUCGCUGAAAUGGAUUUAUUGGCUUCUGUUCAAAAACAACAAGGGCGCCUGUUGGCUUCUGCAGUAAAACGUGAACUCGCGAUGCCUUGAAAGUGGACAAUACCGGCUUUUUUGACAAAACGUGUUUAGGGUUCAGAUCGUGUGUGUGUGUGUGUGUGUGUGUAUAUAUAUAUAUAUAUAUAUAUAUAUAUAUACACACAUUUGUCAGCACAGAGAAUAAUGCACGGCAAUCAGCUCACCUUUUUUGAAAGUGCCGUUUAUCGGUUUUUGCAAAUUAACUCUUCAUAUGUAUAUGUAUGUGUGUGUGUGUGUGUAUAUACAUACGUAUAUUAUUUUAUUUUUUCCUGAAGUGAGAGGGGAUGUGUGUGUAUAAGAUGAAAUUAUUUCUAUUUUAUGUUUUUACCACUCCCAGGUAAUUUCUUUAUAUAUUUUUUUUUGUUGUGUUUCAGCAUUGGCUGGCUUAAGAGGAGGUUAGAUUAGAAGAUUAGAUGUGGUUAGACCAGCUGACAUAAUGGAAAACUGUGGUAACCUGUGACCUAUGUCAGGAUGGUUUGACCUUUU